AUGGAUGCUGCCCUCGUUCACGGCCAGUCAGUGACAUUCAGUUGUUUUCUUCAUAGAGGCAUUGGGAAACCAGACUGGGCAUUCGGGGACUGUAAUCCUCUUAAACAUUGUGAAGAAUAUAUACCGACUUAUUACAGACCCAGUUUCAAAUAUUUCAACUUCAACGAAUAUGAAUUUUCUAAUAACUCCACUCAUUAUAUGAUUACUUUUCACAAUGUUACUUACAAAUAUGCCGGGUUUAUCACAUGUGUCGAAACUCAGGAUAGUUUUUUUGAAAGAACAGAUGAUAGUGCUGAAAGAUAUUACACUCUUAUCAACGUCCUAUCGCUGAAACAUUUUCGAAAUUUUUGCCCCCUCCCCGAUAACAGAGCCAGCUGCAAAUCGCCGCCAUCGCACCCCGAGAAAAACAUCAUCCUAAUUCCGAGUAUCCAUUAUAGUCCAUUUGUGUUGGAAGCUUCAUUUAGAUGCUCCGUGCUCAACCCACGUGCUCAAACGAACUGCAGAGCCAGCGUGUCCUGGAUCUGGGGUGAUACGACAUUCUCUACGAAGGAGAUAAAAACGAAUGCCACUGACUACGUAAUAACGGAGACGCUUCAACUGCCGAUGGAUUUAACUGAAAGGUUGAAGCACAACGGUACGAAAGUUAAGUUUCGAAUUUCCUUCAAAUGCGACUUAGGUGAUCAUCGUGCAACAAGAGAGACAGAAUAUGUUGAUGUCUUCAGCUCGGAUCCUCUCAUCAUUGAAGCUGAGGCCAGUACUCAAAAUGGUAUGACCACGACGACAAUCGUCUUCACCACCUUCAUCGUCUUCCUCGUCAUCUUCUUCAUCAUCGUCGCCAUCUUCGGCAUCAGAAAAUUUUUGGCAGUCAGGAGGAGGCAGAAAGACGCACUAGCUUCCUUCCAGCCACAGAUGAGUACUACUACCGAUAUAAUCUCCCCGACGAUGUCGGAGAACAUAGUGUACAAGCGAAUCCCAAUUUCAGAGGAGAAUUCUUACGACAUGCCAGCCAGCAAAACCAACAACAUCAACAACUCUGUCAACAACAACAGCAGCAGCAGCAACAACAACAACAACAACAACAUGGAUUUUUUUCCUUCUACCCCAAUCCAUCCUACUUCUCCCCUACUCACCCAUCCAUUCCCCUACCUCCAAUCCCAAAUUCCUCAUCAUCCCAGUCCUUUCGCUCCAAUUCCGAUCAGCGGUUUGCCGCCGGUGGACUUGACUACAACUACCACCAACAGCAACAGCAGCAACUACAACAACAUCAACUUCAACAGCAGCAGCAACGAUUUUGACGACGUUGUAAUGGAUUAUAAAGAUAUUGAGGCGAAUAGAAGUCAGGCAGAGACAGGCACGUACAAAGCGGAUGAGAUAUACGAUCAGAUAGAUGACAGACACUUGAAUGAUGACGAAGGUUUGAACGCUACAAAACAUUCUGCCGCCACUAACGCAACCUCCAUCUCCACAAGCCCGCUGCACAUUCCAGCCUCAUCAUCUGAAAUUUUUAACACUAUACGUAAUUUUUGCCCUGAAAAUGGUUAUAACGGUAACAACAUCAACCACAUUCACAACAAAAUGAGAAAAACUUCGCUAUCGUCUGCCUCGCCUUCAAUCGUCCUCCCAUCACCAUCAACAAAUAUUCGCAGCCCGUUUCAGCAACCGCAUCAACUACAUUUACAACAACUACAACUGCAACAAUUACAACAACAGCAACUAUUGCAACAGCAACAACUACUACUACAACAGCAACAAAAACAACUUCUGCAGCAAAAAAUUCAACAGCAUCAACAAAAGUUCAUGACAACUGACCCAACAAAACUCGACUACUACUACAUGAUGCAUCCACCUCACCCACCACCCCUGCCACAAUGUGAACCUUCGCCAUUGACUGCUGCUGCUGCUAAUCAAGAUGUCUACCUUGUUCCAGAUGAUAAACUGAACGAGAAAUGA